AUGCCGCUCCGGUCGCACACAAAAUCUCGGAAGGGCUGUGACCAGUGCCGUACACGCAAAGUCAAAUGUGACGAGCGGGGCCCGCCCUGUUCGAACUGUACCGCGCGCGAGUUAAGCUGCACAUACCUCAAAGUUGCGGCGGCGCGAGCUUCACAAUCACAAUCUCAGUCCGGGACUCCCGCCCCACUUCCCCACGUCAAGGGUGUGUCCAGGGAAAACAGUCGCACCCGUGCAAAUGGGAUUAGGAAGGAGGUUGUCGAUUCCCCAUUCCACAAAUCAGAAUUGACUAUCCUCGAGUUGAUGCACAAAUUCUCCACAGAGACAUUUCGGAGUCUCUGUGUCAGUGCCGCCGAGCUUGAGGUCUGGCAGACUACUGUGCCAACCCUCGCGCUCAAGCAUGACUUUCUCAUGAAUGGCAUCUUGUCUCUUGCCGCUAUGCAUAUUGCCUCGUCGCGGGAGCCGCCGGAAGCACUCGCCUAUCUCGAUAUUGGGCUUCAGCGGUAUAAUCGCAGUUUGAAACCGUUUCGUGAUGCGAUCGACUCGCUUACAGAGCAGAAUUGCGAUGCUGUGUUCGCGCACUCGAUUAUCAUGACUGCCAUUGGUAUUGCCUCACCUCGGCUGACGGGGAUCAGGGAUGAGAGCUCCAGUAUGACGGAGAGCAUGGUGGUGGUUUUUGAAUUGCUCCAGGGUGUCAAGAAGAUCCUUCAGGUUGGCGUGGGCCAAUCAUGGAUCAACCUGGAGUUGUUCUCGCGAGGCGCGUUCUGGAAGGAUACUAGUACGCAAUUGGAUGAUGAUACGCAUGGUGCACUGGCACAAUUAGACGCUCUAAAUGACGAGGUCAUGACGGGUAUCUACGAGUCGCAGCACCAGAUCAAUCGCGAGAUUAUCGCGCAUUUGCGGCAUUGUUAUGCGAAAUUCGCGCUUGAGCCGGAACCCGCACCGGCGUUGGCGUGGCUGGCGGCUGUGAGGAAGGAAUUCGUGGAUGGACUCCGGUGUCGCCAGCCCUUUUGUCUAUUGAUUCUGAUGUAUUGGGGAGUUUUAUUGGGGGAGCUGGAUGGUCGGCGGUGGUGGGCCCGCGAUGCGGGACGAGCCUUGGUGUCGGAAUUGCUGGGGGCGUUGCGCCCGGGAGAUCCUCGCUGGCAGCCCGCACUGACGUGGGCCCAGCAACGUAUGUCGCUCUAG